AUUAUCAUUGAGUUACAUUAUCUCACCGAAUUUAGGGUUUAAAGUGUUCUCGCCUGCAGUCAGUGUAGCUCUCUUUAACUCUGCCGUUUCAGCUGCACCAUCCCAGACACACGCACCCACGCACGCACAUUUAACGGGAAACCAUGGCGGAGCAGACUGAGAAGGCCUUUCUGAAACAACCCAAAGUCUUUCUCAGUUCAAAAAAAACUGGAAAGGGAAAGAGGCCUGGAAAAGGUGGCAAUCGUUUUUGGAAAAGCGUUGGAUUGGGUUUCAAGACUCCAAGAGAAGCCAUUGAAGGAACUUACAUUGAUAAGAAAUGCCCCUUCACUGGAACUGUGUCUAUCAGGGGACGUAUCCUAGCUGGAACUUGUCACAGUGCCAAGAUGAUGAGGAGCAUCAUUGUUCGUCGGAAUUACCUUCACUUCAUCAAGAAAUACCAAAGAUAUGAAAAGAGACAUUCAAAUAUCCCAGCACACAUAUCUCCGUGUUUCCGUGUGAAAGAAGGGGAUCAUGUCAUUAUUGGGCAAUGCAGGCCUCUGUCAAAGACUGUAAGAUUCAAUGUCCUUAAGGUGAUUCCUGCUGGAUCUUCUGGGGGUGGGAAAAAGGCCUUCACUGGGAUGUGAAGUUUGACACUCAGAUAUUGUUUGGCUGCUAAGGUUGCAUGACAAGGUUUUGAAAGUUUUGAACAGCAUCUAAUUGGCGAUUAUAUGGGCCAUUAGAUGCUUCCUUUUUCUUUUGGUUUCCUUAUAAGAUCAUUUGUUAAAUGUCAGAUUGCCCUUUGGUUUUAAUUUUGUUUUUUUCAAUUUUUUCCUUUUCCAAUAGUGGAAAUUUGAUGUUUCAUGCUGAGUGUUCUUGUAUGAAUUGAUACUGUUUCUUGGUAGGAAGUAUAUUAUUUUUCAUCUA